GCGAGGACAGGGGAGGCUGGCGAGCGGAGAGUGCCCUUGUGUCGCCAGCCGGCGAACAGCAGCCGCCCCGCGCCGCCAGCGGGACGGGACGGGACAGCACGGCACGGGACAGCACGGCGCGGGGCGGGACAGGCCGGGCCGCAGGGACAGCCGGACCGAUCCGCCGGUAGGGGCGAGGGGAGCCAGCGGGGGCAGCCGGCACCGCUCGGCGGGGGGAAGCAGCCCGGCGGCGGCAGAGCCGGCGGGGAGAGCCGCUCCCCCCCUUCCCUCCCCAAUCCACCCCCGCGACCCCGGCCCUCCUCCUCCUCCUCCUCCUCACCCCACUGGAUACAGCGAGGGAGACACUGCGGCGGCGGAGGCGGCGGCGGCUCCUGCGGGGGGAAGGAAGCGCCCGGAGAGCGGAGCGGCGGGAGGCUGCGGAUCUGCGUGCCUGGCGCCCACCCAGCCCGAGGGGAGCCCCCAGGAUGCGGCUCAAGCCCGGCGCGCUGCUGCGCUUCUACAGCCUCUGCGGGAUCCUCAUGCAAGUGGCUGCUACAAAGAACAAAGUUAGAGGUAGCCAAGGGCAGUUUCCACUUACACAGAAUGUCACGGUUGUUGAAGGGGGAACAGCAAAUUUGACCUGCAGGGUCGAUCAAAAUGAUAACACCUCCCUCCAGUGGUCAAAUCCAGCUCAACAGACACUGUACUUUGAUGACAAGAAAGCUCUGAGGGACAACAGAAUUGAGCUGGUUCGAGCUUCAUGGCAUGAACUGAGUAUCAGUGUCAGUGAUGUGUCUCUGUCGGAUGAAGGGCAGUACACCUGCUCUUUAUUUACUAUGCCUGUCAAAACCUCCAAGGCUUUUCUUACCGUUCUUGGUGUUCCUGAGAAGCCACAAAUUACUGGAUUUACUUCACCAGUUAUGGAGGGAGAGAGGAUGCAGCUAACUUGCAAGACAUCUGGUAGUAAGCCAGCAGCUGAUAUCAGAUGGUUCAAGAAUGACAAAGAAGUUAAAGAUGUUAAAUAUUUAAAAGAAGAAGAUGCAAAUCGUAAAACAUUCACAGUCAGCAGUACACUGGAUUUCCUUGCAGAUCGCAAUGAUGAUGGUGCAGUUGUAAGUUGCAGAGUAGAUCAUGAGUCCCUAAACUCUACACCUCAGAUAGCAAUGCAGGUUCUAGAAAUACACUAUACACCUUUAGUUAAAAUCAUUUCUUCCAAUUCAUGGCCCGAAGAAGGACAAUCUAUAAUUCUGACUUGUGAAUCCAAAGGAAAACCAGUGCCAGAACCAGUAUUGUGGACAAAGGAUGGUGGAGAACUACCAGAUCCCGAGAGAAUGGUUGUCAAUGGCAGGGUCCUAAGCAUCAGUUUCCUAAACAAAACAGACAAUGGCACAUAUCGAUGUGAAGCAAAAAAUCCCAUUGGCCGAAACAGCACAGAAUAUGUCCUGAUAGUACAUGAUGUUUUCAACACUUUGCUUCCCACUACUGUCAUCCCCUCCCUUACCACUGCAACAGUCACAACCACUGUAGCCUUAACAACCAGCACAACCACAUCGGCAACAGCCAACAGCACCAGAGAUCCAAAUGCUUUGGCUGGACAGACCGGACCUGACCACGCUCUUAUAGGAGGAAUAGUGGCUGUAGUUGUCUUUGUAACGCUAUGUUCUAUAAUUCUCCUUGGUCGAUACCUGGCAAGACAUAAAGGAACGUAUUUAACAAAUGAAGCAAAAGGAGCUGAAGAUGCACCUGAUGCCGACACAGCCAUUAUCAAUGCAGAAGGCAGCCAAGUCAAUGCAGAGGAGAAAAAAGAGUAUUUCAUUUAGAUGCAGAGCUAGAAUCUUGGGAGUUUUACUUAUCAGGCUGACUGCUGGAGAAAACUGGCUAUCAUUUUUCAGAAUUCAUUUCUGCCACCUUCUGCUAUCUCUAUUAACUUGCAUACCUGCUAUAAGUAGCCAGUUUAUGCCAACAAUCAGCUGUUGACAUCCUCAUUCUAUAAUUACAGUAUCAUGCAUAAAGCAGGACAUUUCUUAUUGCCUAAAAUUCAUGUCCACUGCUCUCUUAACAUACAGUGCUUGAAUAUACAGCCUUAACAAUGUUAAUCAUCUUAAUUCAAGUUUUCUACAUUUUUAAGUGUUAUGCAGCUUUCUUCUUUUUCAGUUUUCUUUUACCAUGGUCCCUACUAGUAUGUCAUAGAACAAUAUUCAUAACAAAUACUAUUAGGUAAGGACCUAAUUUACUUACAGAAAAAGUUAAGUCUAAGAUUAGAGGUUUACAAAAAAUGUUUUAUACAUGUCAAAGAGCAACUUGUUUUUGAGACAUAUGCCCUAGGAAAUACAAACAGAAGUCUUUGUAGAAUAGUUUCUUGUAUGCUUGGAUUUGGUGGGAAAAAAAAAAAAAAGAAAGAAAAAAAAACCUGUCCACUGAAUUUUUUGUUUUGUUUUGCUUUGCUUUGUUAUGUUUUAAAUGGUACCUUGACAACAGUGCCAUGUUUCAGUGGUAAAAACAUACUGAAUAGCUAUACAAAUUCUGCAAAGUUAGAUAAUAGUGCUUGAUUUGAAACAAAUUUGUCCUGCCCUUCUGCUUGUUGGAAUCACAAAGCUUAGAGGUUGUUUUGAGUAAUUUUUGUUUUUAUAAUUUAUUUGCUUCACAUGGACUCACCUGCUACUCAAAUUUGAAGUGUUCAUGGGGCACGACUGCAAGACAUUUUAGUAUCUGUAUAUAGUGCAUAUAAUAAAUUUAAUUAAACAUUAUUUGAUACAUAUUUAACUUUUUUGGCAGUAGCUAAGUCAGUCACAAGUAAGCAUUUUCUAAUGUCCAUUAUAUCCCUUUAAAUAUGACUCAAAACAAUAUUCUGAGUAGAUAACGUAUAAGUAUUUUUUUGUCUGUAUGUCCUAGCACUGUUCAGCAGCAAACUUUUCUAGUUCUUGUUAAUUUUUUCUUUGUUAUACAAUGGAAGCACAAUGUAUAAGGAAAGGUAGUUUUAAGCUAACAACCAGUGCACAGCCUCAGGUUUUAAAUUACAACCACAUUUGAUUACUAUCCUUAAAAAAUACUAUUGAGUUGCAAAAAUUCUCAAUUUUUAAUUUGGCAGUUCCAGAGCUGCUUCUCUAUGUUGGUUUGCCAAAAAAAAAAAAAAAGAAAAAAAGAAAAAAAGAAAAAAAAAAGAAAAAAUAGAAGUGUUAAAACAAAAGAUAUAUGUUUUGUGUAUACAGUAAAUGGACUAAUUCUUUAUAUUAAAUUCCUGUCUAUGCAUUUUGUGAGGUACAAACUUAUGUCACCGUGAAUGAUAGAGAAUUCCUGCCAUGCUUUUAGCUCCACAGUGAAAGUCUCUGUUUGGAUUAUUUCUGAAAUUUUUUUGUGUAAUUGACAGCUGAAAAAUCACAUGCUCUUAACUACGACAACAAAACACUAUAAGCCCAUUGGCUUAUUUCCUCUUCCAAUGAAGUAACAAGGUUGCCGUAUCAGCUCUUGGUAAUGAUUCUACACUGGAGAAUGCAAGUUAGUCUCGAUGGAGUUUGUUGUACUCCUAAGUUUUGCACCUUUGACAAAGGAAUAUUUCUCUCUCGUUGCUGUACUUGUGAAGCCUAAAAGCAUGAUGGUCUGCUGUAAAGGACCUUGUCCUGGGAUUUUAUUUUUGUGUGGGAAAGGGAGAGUUUGGAAUAUGACAUCGUGUAGUAUGGUAAAAUGGAAGAUAAAGGUGCUGUCAGAUUAUUUAUCAGAAGAGUAUAAACCUUUUAAGGACAAUAUUAGAGUAUUUUAAUUGUUUUUGUUGAAGCAUUUAUCUUGUUAAUUUCUAAGAAAAAAGGGUGACGUCAAUCAAAGCAGCACUUUUUUUCAAAAUAUACAGACAUAAAUAAUAUGAUGUGGUUGAGUGUUAACAUAAUAAAUCAUAUACAGUAUGACAUUUUAAAGAAAUAAGUCUGCAUUGAUGUGAUUGCAUGCUUGUUUUUACAGUUCACUCCAUACCCAUCUGUGGAAAAAUGCAAUAAUACGUUAAUAUAAUAUGGUAGUUUGAGAGAACCAGGUAGGUGCUACUAGACACAUUGAAAACUAGUAUAGGUUUACAAGAUAUUCAUGUCUUUCAAAACAUACACAUAUAAGAAGGCUGGCAAAGGAAGUCAUUCUAUUUAGUACCAAAAAUAUGGGUUCUUGACACUACUGUAAGUCCCAUUAGCUAUAGUACAAUAUCACAUACUACAAGGUUUUAUUUCAGGACCUGGGGCCCAACUCAACUAAGCAUCUAAGCACAUGCUCAGCGUCAGGCAUGGGAGAAGUUCCAUUGAACUGUAAGGCACUAUUCUAAUGCGUAAAAAGAAGUGCUUCCCUGAACAAGGGCCUUAUUUGCUCAAGUGGAAUUCCCCACAGGCAUGGUAUUUAUGCCUUUUUUGCGUUCUUCCUAGCUCCAGCUUGCUUGAAUGGUAGGGUUAUUACUUGAACCAUUACCCAACCAAGGUCAGACAGGACCUUCAAAAGUAGGAUUGCCCUUGGGGUAACUGUUUUGAACCAUUUUCUCCAGUGGCAUAAAAACAGCAUUUAAAUUUUGCAAAAACAGAUAUAAAUUGGACUGUUGAAAUGGAUUAUUUCAUUGGUUUUUAAUUGCAGUUUCUCACAUGUGCGGGUUUUUAAUACAGUUGAUCAUUUGUUAGCUUGUACCUUGUAAUGUCGCUUACAUCUGUGCAAAGCAGAUGCAAAAAGCACCACAACAAGAAGUCACAAAUGACAAAUUCUGACUUUACAAGCCUAUCUAGUCCUCACAGAUUUAAAUUACUACACCAGGUGUGAAGAGGCAUCAUUCUCUUAUAAGCAGAACCAUGACUCAAAGCUAAGGAUAUUCAGUAGGCUGUUUUUUAACCAGUUGUCUGUUUCCUUUAUUUGAGAUCCCAUUCUGAAAGUCCCCUUUGAUGAUGGUUUCAAGGUACCUAGCAAAUGCAUAAAAUGAAGGCUCUGAAUGGGAACCACAUUAGCUAAAAUGUUUGUGACAUCUUCUCCCACAUGCACACGCAGAGUAGCUUUCUCAAGACCAGGUAGCUAAUUUCUGCCAAUGUACUGUUUACAGUGUCAAUUGCUGAUUAUUUCUACAUUUUAAAUGUUUUUUUGUUUGUUUGUUUGUUUGUUUUAAUUUAAUUUUAUGUUUUUCCUAAUGCUUCAAGAACAUGAAAGUGAUGCAUCAGAAGACAAGGGGUGCAUCCUCCCACUCUUUUAGUGUCAACUGACAAAGCAAGAAACGGUUUAAGGAACCUGAUGUUUAACUUGAGGCUCAGAAUUUAAGCUAGAACACUUUAAAAAGCUUUCACGUUACUUAAGGAUGGUUCAUCUUGCACUGAGAUUCCCUCUAUAAAGGAAUACGUGAAGAAGACCAACUUUUCUAAAUAAGACAUGAAAGUUAACAUCUUGUGUAUUUUCAUUACAGUAUAAUAUAUAUAUAUAACUAUUUCAAUGAAAAAAAAGACAGAAUCAUCUGUAAUUAUGUAAUUCAUGAUUGUAACAGCACUGAAGUUACCAUGUACGCACAUGUACAGUAGCUAUAUCAACAGUUACAGCGUAGUUACAUGUACUUCCCUGUAACAUAGCCGUUAUAGUGUAAUUUAGUGCCACUUAUUGUAAAGUGUUACCAAAAGGAAAACAGAGUUCUUACCUUUACAAUUCCAUUCAAAUUAAAGGUAAGUUUAUAAAAUUAGCACCAUAAAUCUGAUACUACAUUUCUUAAUUAAGGAGGUGAUUUAAGUCUUCAUGUUCACGCUGCAGCUUCCCCCACCGCUUAUCCAGACUCCUCCAAGUGUCUGAUCUCUACACUCCUAGGAACUGGUAAUCUGUGAUGAACAUACCAAAAAUCCAGCUACUUCAACUUUAAUUGAAUAAGCUGCCUAAUAGAGAAAAAGGAAACAAAAAAUAUGUGAGUAAUGCUUUUUAUUAAGUGGCACAAAGUACACACUAAAAACUAUGCAAAAAUAUAGGUAAAUACAGUGUACUUACAUGUAAGUAUCUUGUACUUGCUGUGUGUGGAUAUUGGAAAACCAUGUAAUUAUAAUAUGCAUUUUGAUUAUUUCAAACAGGGGGACAACCCCUAACAGUUACAAGGAAUACCUGAAAGGUACAUAUACAAGCAGUGGAUAUCUUAAUGCAAUAUGUGUAAUUCCUCUACAACUAAUUUAUAAAAAUGCUUAUACCACUUCUCAUUCCCACUAGCUUUAAUUUCCAUCUCUUUAAGGCCCAUUAAAUAGCACUGAAACACCUUUAGGCAAAGUAAGACACUGACUCUGCUAACAACUUUGCUGCCAGCAUUCUGUGUGUCUGGCAACGCUGUUCAGUAAUCUAUUUCUGGCUCAACAGCACAAAUUUCCUCUUCUUUUCUGUCCUCAAGGGAGCCUAGUAUGUUAAGAUGCUGAAAUAUGCUGCCAUAUGCCCUGGUAUUUUUAGCAGGAACAACAGAGAAAGAGAGAGAGAACUGCGUUCUCCUGACCCCUAUUUUGCUGAAUCACCUCACCUGGAAUUUCCACUAC